AAGAGUUACUUUACUACCGCAUCAUCUUGAUGAUAUGAUACAUUCUUGUUCUACCAAACACAUUCACCUGAGUGAACAAAAAUAUUCGAGUUGACUUUUGUUCACACUCAAAAACCAACAACACGACAAAAAACAAACAAACUAACUAACGAAAUAGAUGUGUAAAAUUUGGUGGCUUCUGAUCCACUUUUGAUCCUAAAUAACAGAAGAGAGUGAAAAUGUUGCUGGUAGGUUUGAUUAAAUAACUGAAAAGAAUUGCUUGAAAAAUGGGAGGUUGCUGUUGCUCUGCCAGAAAACCUCAUCUGCAUGGAACUCCGGUGUAUUACUAUUGUCCACCGAUUUUAGAAGAGCGCGACACUUUAACCUCUACGGAUGUUACGACCGAUUCACUCACUGCUGGAUUGUUGGUAGGCUUGAAUGUGGAAGAAUCCACACCUGAUACUUACCAGUCUCCUCCUGCACCUCUGCCUUAUGAUGUGGUCUUGGGAGGUACAGCGUCGACAGACUCUGAGUCAGGAAAAGACACUGUUGUUAGUGGUAGUAGUUUUGAAACUUUAAUUACAGAAGAUAAAGAUAUUGAAGAAUCAGACCCUAAAGGUCAAGCUAAAUCUGCAUCAAUAUCUCCAAGCAAAGCAGAACUGUGGAAAUCAAAUGAACCUCAUUCAUUGGUGAUAGAAGAAGAGGACGGCUGUCCAAUUUGCCUUGAAGAAUAUGAUGUUGAGAAUCCUAAAACUGUUACAAAAUGUGAACACCACUUUCACCUAGCUUGCAUUCUUGAGUGGAUGGAAAGAAGUGACUCUUGUCCUAUAUGUGAUCAGGAGAUGAUAUUUGAUGAGGCAUUGGACUAGUUUGGUUAUCUCAAAAGAAAAGCUAGCUAAACACUUGAAGGAUAACUGGUUUGAUGAUGGUAUUGUUGAUUCUCUUUCAAAUCUACAAGUUUUUAAAAAAGGUCUUUUUUAUUAGGUCAAAUUCAUUAUGUAUACAAUCUGUAAGAAAGAUGAGGAGGUUUUUGAUAGAAUGCUGCACCACUUUGCAUGUCUCAGUGACUGCAAUUACUCAUGUUGGAAGAAAUUCAUAUUCACGGAAUGGUUUUUUCUCGCCUUUUAUUGCUUUUUUGCUCUCUAUUUUCUUGUACAAAUUGCUCAUAUUUAUUUCUUUUUCUAUGCUUAUUAUUUUGUUUGUGGAAAAUCCAAAUGUUUACUGGUCUUGUAAAUAAUGCCUUUACAUUUUAUUAUAUUUUCUACAUUUUCAAUGUAUAUAUUAUGCUGGAA